AUGGAAACUGAUUCGCGCCCCUCGAGCCCGCAACCCGGGCCCACGCAGGAAGCCUCCACCCCGCAAACAGACAGAAGAAAGUCUGGCCGAACGACGCGCAGACCGGAAUUAUUCUCCCAGAGAUACGGCGCCAAUGAAGGAACGGCUCCCGGUGGCUCCAAGCGCAAGCGUGCUACCCCCGGCGAUGAAAACGAAGACGAAGUUGAAGACGCGUCCGAUUCUGAAACCGACGAAUCUAACGAUGAUGAACCUGACGCAGAAGAACUCAGAGAGAAGAAACGGGCUGCGCGCCGUGCCGCGGCCAAGAAAUCAGCCGCUUCUGGGACCAAGGCCAAACCUAAGUCCCGUAGCUCGAAGAAGCCCAAGGUGGCGAGCAAUGGAAUUGGGAACCAACUGGCUUUUCGUCCCGCUGCCACCAACGGAAAGAAGCCUGCUUCGCGCCCGCGAAAGCCGGUGGUAAGACCAAGUCUGGCUGCCGGCGAAAAGGGCCUCUUUGCCGAGGUGUUUGGAAAAGGUCGUAACCUGGAUACCACUGCUGCAGAUUGGCUUAAGUCCUAUCAGAAAGACCAGGUCGAGGCCACACGCCAGAUGAUCAUUUUUAUAAUCCGUUGUACCGGAUUCGAUUCCGAAGUAGAGAGCGUGGAUAUCACAGAUCUUGACCAUGUGCCGCAGCGCGUGCACGACCUGUCAACCCAAUACCAGGACCUUGGUUUCGCCGACUACCCUCUUAUAUCAAAGGCGCGGACUUUCCGAAAUUUCAAGACUGUUCUCGAAGACUUCCUCAGCGCGUUAAUACAGACUCUGCACCAUUCUUCCACAUUGUACAAGGAUCCGAACCUCUUGGACAACAUCCUGGUAUGGCUCGGUCCCAUUACCGGCUCGCAUUGCCGGCCUUUCCGACACACUGCAACCUUUAUCAUUCUUAAAGUCAUGAACACCCUUUGUGACGUGGCUCGGGAGCUCAUGACGUCUAUCUCUACCUCUCGCAAGCAGCUUGAGAGCGAGAAGAGAAAAAGGUCUGUGAACAAGGGAAGAGCCGAUGCCAUCCAGUUAGCCGUUCAAGAAGGCGACAAGAAAUUGGAACUUGUCGAUGAAGUUCUCCAAAAUGGCGUCAACACCUUCUUUGUUAACCGUCAUCGCGACAUUGACCCGAAUAUCCGCUCCGCGUGCAUCUCUGCUCUGGGCUAUUGGAUGCGAACAUAUCGUGAAUACUUCUUCGAAGGCCAGUUCCUCCGCUACUUUGGCUAUAUUUUAUCCGACCCCGUCGCCCACAACCGCGGCGUUGUCGUCGAAGAGCUAUGCAGCCUGUAUGAGAACAGGGAUAACCUGGCUGUUCUGCGCACAUUCAGUAACCGAUUUGUUUUACGGGUGGUAGAAAUGUCUGCGCACGAUACUGACCUCGAAGUUCGGGCAUCGGCAAUUGUAUUGGCUGACCUAAUUCGGGAUGUCGGUCUUCUCAAACCAGAGGAUAUUGACACCGUUGGGAGACUUAUCUUCGACGCGGAACCAAAGGUCCGAAAGUCAGCGGGUCGUUUCUUUGCCGCCAAUGUCGAGGAGUCGUUCGAAUCCACUGUGGAGGAGGUUGGCGAUGAUCUUGACGAAAUGUUUGGCGAUGAGGAUGAAGACGAUUUCGAGUCGCCCAAACGCUCGUGGAUUAAGUAUAAAUGUCUGACGGAUAUGCUUCAAGCGUACGACGAACAAGAAAACGAGCUGCAUCCCGAUCGCCCUUUCACCGUCUCGAGGGAUGCGCUUUCUGGAAUCUCCGUGGACUCGCGAUUUGUUCUAGCUACCGAGGCGAUAUACUCGCACUUCCUAGAGCUCUCGCAAUGGCAGUCUCUGGCCGGGUAUCUUCUCUACGACCACUCCCAAAUUGAAGAUGAACCCAGUGAGGAUGAUACCGUGGCUGUCGUCAAGAAGCUAUACAAAAUGGAGGAAGGGCAGGAAGUUAUUCUGCUAGAAAUGCUGUGCUGCGCGGUGAAGUUGCGAGUGCUCGAAGUUGCCAAAUCUGACAUUGACAAAAGAGGCCGAAAAGUCAAGGCGCUGACCGACAAGAUACCGGAACUGCAGGAAGAGAUCGCUCACAAUCUUGCACAAAUCAUUCCUCAGCUGCUAAACAAGUUUGGCUCCGUCCCAGAAGCGGCAUCUGCUGUCCUGCGGCUAGAACAUUUGGUCGAUCUUGACAAGAUCCAGGAUAUGCAGAAGGAUGCCACUGCUUACACGACACUGCUAAAUGACAUCAACAAACAAUUCCUUACACAUUCUGAUCAGGAUGUGCUGGCAGAGGCUAGUGUGGCAUUCCUGCAUGCCAAAAGCUCCGAUGAUAUGCGAGAAGCGCUGGAGAAUAAGGUUCAAGAGCUGUGGGAUGAUGUAGUGGAAACGCUCAACACUCUUUCGCAGAAGACAGAGGCCGUUGAGGGCAGCUCAUUACCUUUCGCAACUCUCAACGAACUCACUAAUACUGUAUCAAGAAUUUCCAAUCUUGCCAGCAUCACUGAUUGCACGCAUGUCCUGGAAGCAUCGCCUUCUCGAUCAAAAAGCAAAAACAAGGGGCGCUCAGAAGUGCCUUUUAACACCCUCCUGCAUUUGGCAAAGCGUGGCCUUCGCGAAGACGAGAACGACGAGGAUCUGGCCAGUGCUGAAUCUGAGCUUGUUAUCAGUAGCAUCCGGACGCUGCUCUUCUACUUUAUGUGGAAAGUGCAGUCUUUGAGGGCAUCGCUGAGCGCAGGGAAGGCGGCUUUCAGUACCGCUUACUUUGAAGCCUUAACGAAGAGUCGCGAGACGUUCGUUUCUACCCUUGUUGCCAUUAUGCAGAAACGCUCAGACUUGGACGACGUCCGUUUUGCUGCUAUUACGACCCUUCUAGAUCUACAAACAUUGUUCGGAACUCUACGCCACCCAGGACAAAAUGCCAGCAACGACGAGGAUGUCAUCCUCCAGACUCAAAGCUUGGUGCACGAAAUUGACUCAAAUACCCAAACCCUGGUUUCCAAAAUUCACGCCACAGCAGAACGCAAAUAUGCCAAGCUGCGCAAGUCAGUUCUGAAGCACGCUGAUGCCGAAGAGCCGGAAUCGGAUUCAGAUGUGGAGCGACCGCCUUCGGACGAUGAGUCCGAAAUUGACUCAGACGACGAAGCGGCGGCCAACGAUGCCUUGCGAUCCAGCAUCAUCGCAGAGCAACGGCUGUGUGAACUGACUGGCAAGCUUGUUCUUGCCAUUGUCGGGCGCAUUAUCGAUGCUUCUGGCGACCAACAGGGCAACCUGAAGAAGGCGCUCUUGAGACGCAGAACCAAACUGGGUCCCAAUUAUCGCGCGGUAGUCUCUUUCCUCGUGGAGCCCAAAUCUCGAGGCUCUCGGAGCGCCCCAUCCAAACCGAAGCCAUCUGCUCCAAAGAGUGCGCCUAAGUCCCCGGCUGCCCCCAACAACAAACGUGCGAACAACCACAAGUCAGCCGAGAGAAUAGAUGAGGAGGAUGAAGAUGAAGAUCGCGAGCAUUCUCCCAUCGAGGACGACGACGACGAAGAUCUACGAGCUAGGGGGCUAAUUGAGGACGAGAUCAUUGACCCCGAUGAUGACGAGGAGGAGGCGCCAAAUCACGCAGCGCCGGAUCCCGAUGAGGAUGAAAUCAUGGGCGACUAG